AUGCGUUCAGAAGACGAGUUCGUCGUUAUUAGGAUUUAUCAGGCUGGCGAUGAAAACGAAUGCUGUAAAUUAUUGAAAGAAGGUGUAAUGGCUACCGUGAAGCCAGCAUUUUUAACGGCUUUAACUAGGGAAAUUACUUUUCAAGUAAUAAUAACUACUGCUGCUUUGAUGUUUGUCUUUAUUGGUCUGCCUCCGACAAUAUGCAUUUCAUCCAUUCCUGCUACAGUUAUUUUUAUUUACUUCUGGAUUUACAUGACACAUUUAAACUCUGCAACAAAUUUGGCAAAAGAAGCAUUUAAUAUUGAAAGAGAUUUUUUGGCAUCAAAAUAUUCUUUUUAUGAAUUUCCAUUAUCUGGAAAAAAUUCAGGACAUUCAAAAUUUGAAAUAAUAAAUGAAAAUGAUCUAGAUUGUAAAUUACAAGAUGAUAAAGUUUACAAUAAGAAAGUAAUUGGUAUUAUCGGAGUAGAAAGAUGUACUGUAAUGUAUGAAUCUGCCAGACUUAAAAGAUUAACUGUCUCACAUAAAUAUCAGAAAAAAGGAAUUGGUUCUGCUUUGUUAAAAGAAGCCAUAGAAUUUUGCGAGAAAAGAGGUUACAAUUCCAUUGAAUUAGUCACAUCAGAAUAUCAUGAUAAUGCGAGAAAAUUAUUUUUGAAAUAUGGAUUUAAAUUGAGGCAAUUAUAUCAUAAAUCCUUCUCCGGAGUACUAGUUCAAAUGUAUCAAUUCACAUUGGCAUUGUUGUCUAAUAAUCCUGAAAAAAAAUGUGAUUAA